ACUUGUUGAGCGGCAAGUUCCGAAAUUUGGAAGGCCUAGUCACAUCAGAACUGUUCUAGUACUGAUAGUAACAGGCAUGAUAUUCUGGCUCAGUGACUGUCGAUACCCCGACCUUUGCUCUGGAGUCUGGGUCGACUCAUGUAAAUGUGCUCGGGGUCUACUUCAAUAUGACCGGUGACCUUCCAAAACAGAACAAACAAAUCUCGUAAUCCGUGCAGAUUCUCAGAAUAUCAGCACCACCCUGACUUAAACCCUGAAAACGUACUCGCCCUAAUCGGACGAGAAUAAAAUGCGGAUGGGCCAUCUACUCAUAUGAAAACGUUGCAGUAUUUUCCCAGUCUCUUAGCCCCAUCAUCGCUUGAGGAGCUGAGCACUGCACGUUGAUUGUGUCUAGCAUGCCACUUACUGCUGCUGGCAUCUCGUUUGGCCCCUUGCUCGCAGGCUUUGCCCUUAACACAAUCUUGUACGGCGCGCUGGUCACAUCAGUGCUCUUAUAUUUCUCUUCCUUCAAAAGCGACGGCGCAUGGAUACGACUUCUUGUGUCAGCCCUUUUAUUGUUGUGCACCGCCAAUGUCGUCCUGGAGUAUGUCUUCUUGAAUGGCACUCUCAUCAUCCACUUUGGGGAUCAAUAUGCAUUGUCCAGAGCCAAUUGGGUUUUCUCCUUACUACCUGGCAUCACGGGUGUUAUAUCCACCCUUGUCCAGUUCUUCUUCGCCUGGAGAAUUCGCAUCUUGACGUCCAGUUUCUGGCUAGUUGGAAUCAUCGUCCUUCUCGCGAGUGCUGCAUUCCUUUGUGGCAUUGGAACCACAAUUGCGAUCAAUAUGGUGCCCGUGUUCACGCAGUUUCAUAGGUUCGAAAUCGUAUUUGUCGUUGGCCUUGUCUCUUCUACUUUUGACAACCUCCUGAUUACCGGGUUGCUUGUCCGUUCCCUGAGAGAACAUAAAACUGGAUUCAUGGACACUGACCAUAUCAUCAAAAAGAUAAUACGAGUCGUUCUGCAGACGGGUUUGCUGACAGCAAUAUGGGCCCUUGUUGACCUGGCCGUAUAUAUAGCGCUCACUGAUGGCAUGCAUCUGGUCUUCAAUCAAUCUCUUGCACAAUUUUACACAAUUUCCCUUAUGUCGACGUUGAUAACCCGUCCACGAGACCAUGCUUACACCGACUUCACUGUUGUGAAUGGAGAGCAACCAGAGAGAAGGGUCCGUCAUCUUUUUCUUGGCUCACAAUGCCGAAGCUCCUUUCGAUGAUCAACAGCUAACCAGGAUAUCAGGAUGCCCAAAUUCCCCUUGAAUAUAGAAAUAUUGAUCGGAGAAGAAAUUCUGAGUUGGUUUUUGACGUUGUCAGCCUAAAGAAAUUCGACACGGUACACGAUGCCACGGGCACUCGACAGUGACAUAUAGAAUCCGACAUGUAUCAUGCAUGAUGUCGCACUGUAUUAUUAUGACUACCGCAAGCAUGUAGAUAGACUCAUCUGUUCCAUGUUCAUGACAUUACAUUAACGUUCAUGCAUCCAGACCGAGUAUAUAUUACAUACAUAAUACAUAAGCGGCCUCGUGGAUAAUAUACUUGGCGAUAAGCAAGUGCUU